AGAUUUGCGUUGUUUUGAAACCUGAAACUGGCCGUGGCCACUAUCUGAGGUGCUACCCUAGUUGUAGACUGCAGCUUGUAAAGGGUGAUUAUUGCAAUUUCUUUCUCAUUUAAAUUUAAAAUACAAAUACAAUGUCGACCAUAAACCAGGACCAGAUGGUCGACGAAUUGAACUGUUCAGAAACUAAACGACAUGACGAGAAAAAAGAGGAAGAGGAAGAGUUGGAGAAGCUUAUACUCCCUGAUGUGCAGGAUCUUCCCCUCACUCCUCCUUCCGCCGUUGAAUCCAACUUUUCCACUUACUUCGCUCUAGAUUUUAUGAAGCCAGCUCACGAUCAGUACGUUUACCGGCACGCCAAUGGUUUGUGUGUGAUCGGGUUGGCUCCUUCCCACAUUGCUUUCAAGGAUGAAGGUGGAAUUACAGCCGUAGAUUUCAAUGUUGGAAAGUCUGAUCGCAGCGGGGUGAAGGUCACUGGAAAGCGAAAGAAGAAUGCUCAACACUUUGAGUCCAACACGGCUUUGUGCAAAAUUUCUACCAAAAAUGAUUAUUAUAUUGUGAGGUGUUGUGUCAAAGGCUCCCUUUUGGAAGUGAAUCAACAAUUAAUAAAGCAGCCAGAACUGCUUAAUGUUUCGGCUGACAGAGAAGGAUACAUUGCUAUUAUCAUGCCAAAACCUGCUGAUUGGCUCAAGGUCAAGGCUUCCCUUGUCACCCUUCAGGAGUACAAGAAAUUGAAGGAAGUCAGUAAUCUGAAGCAAGCAGUGGCCAAUGAUGGCACCUUAAAAGAGACUCUGUAAGAAGCAUGGUGUCAUAUUGAAGUGCUUGGAAUGAUUUCCCCAUAUGAUGCUUCAUUUAGUGGGGUCCCAAAUGCCACAAACUGGAUGAAAUUGAGAAAUUUUUAGGUGCGGAUGGUGAGAAACCUUACUCGACAAUGGUAUAUGCCAAGUGGUUCAAUCAUGUUAGAUUAAAAUAAAUCUCUAACUCCAUAAGAAUAUGAUAUUGGAGCUACUGACUACUGAGAGUCCAUUCUUUUGGAGUUUUAGUUUUUUUUUUUUGGUUUAUUAUUGUAUUUUCUAAUUAUUAUUCAAAAAUUUAAUCUUUUGAACCAUUGACGUUAGUAAUAGAUGAUAAUUUGAUU